GAAGAAAACAGCUAGCAGACAUUCCUUAACCUCACCGCUCGUAUCAUCUGCCGCCCGCCCGCCGGCCGGGCACAAUCUCGUCGUCGAUGGGGAGCAGCGCCAUCAUCCAGGCCAAGCUGGUGCUUCUCGGGGACCUGGGAGCCGGGAAGACGAGCAUCGUGGUUCGGUUCGCCAAAGGGCUCUACUACGAGUGCCAGGAGUCGACGAUCGGAGCCGCCUUCUUCUCGCAGGUGCUGUCCCUGGACGAGGCCACCGUGAAGCUCGACAUCUGGGACACCGCCGGCCAGGAACGCUACCACAGCCUCGCCCCCAUGUACUACCGCGGCGCCGCCGCCGCCAUCGUCGUCUUCGACAUCACGAGCACGGACUCGUACGUGCGAGCAAAGAGAUGGGUGGACGAGCUUCAGAGACAAGGGAAUCCACAUCUGGUGAUGGCGUUAGUGGCCAACAAGGUCGAUUUGCAAGAAAGGCGGCAGGUUGGGACUCAGGAAGCCAUGGACUACGCGGAAGCAAACGGCCUCUUCUUCACAGAGACCUCGGCCAAGACAGCGCAGAACGUCACCGAGCUGUUCUACGAGCUUGCUGAAAGGCUGGUGAAAUUGAGGCCUAAUCGCCCCGCUGGAAUGAUCCUGCACGACGCCCAGCGUAGCGGCGACGGCAGCAGGUGGCGCUUCUGCUGCUCCGGCUGAACCAAGCAACAGAAUUUGUGAUGAUACAUAUAUGUUGUGGAAACGUUCUAUUGGCCAAAGUCAUGCAUGGAAGAAUGUACCCAGGUCAAUCUUACUGUUCGGUUUCAUGAUAUACAGACUGAUUAUAUGGAGUAUAUGGAAUUUCAAAAGUUCACUAACCAAAAAUUUGUGGUUGAUAUGAUGAAAAACUACAUACAUAUUUACGCAUCAAGAAGAUCUCCAAGGGGAAAGAUAGCAGAGGAUUCUGCAUGAACUGAGCUUUGCUUUGUUAAAAUUUGUACAGCGCAAGUGGUAAAAAAA